GGGGAGUGGUUGGCCCAAAGCAUUUCACUUUAUUUCACUAUCCCGGCAGUGAGGUUCACACAUAGUUCUAGAGGAUCAGCAUUGUGGUUACAACCGUCAUACAAGCAUGACCACUACGAGUGAAAGCCAGGGACCGCGCAAAAUUAAGGGAGAGAGAUCUCUUAUUGAAGCAUUAUCCGAGUAUCCYGGGGAACUUGUAAAGACUGAUUCCCCGAAUUUUGUAUGUAGCGUGUUGCCAUCACAUUGGAGAUGUAACAAGACUCUACCAGUUGCUUUCAAAGUUGUAUCGUUAGGGGAUAUACCGGACGGGGUUUUGGUCUCCAUUGCGGCUGGCAACGACGAGAAUUUCUCCGCGGAGCUCAGAAAUUGCACUGCAGUAAUGAAGAAUCAAGUGGCUAGAUUUAAUGAUCUGAGAUUUGUAGGACGUAGCGGAAGAGGAAAGACGUUUUCCCUAACAAUAACGGUGAAAACAGACCCAUUACAAGUCGCUACAUACUGCCGGGCUAUCAAAGUGACAGUAGACGGACCGCGGGAGCCGCGAAGGCACAGAGCGAGAACAGACGACAGAGAUCCGGCACAUGCCUUCGACCAAUACCCCUUUUCCGAUCGUCUCUCGGAGCUGGGUUUGGAAGGAUUCCGACGCAUMAGAGACCAAUCCUUCCCGCCUUUCGCUGAACUUCAUCCUUCGCCCUUACAACAGACAAAAAUAGCCCCCGAUGGCACAUCUGCUUUCAGUCCACUCGGUACAGAUCCUAAUCAGAUGAGAUCACCAUCGUCGUGGGGCUAUCAUGGCUUCCCGGGACUUAUUCCCGCUCCUCAACCAGACGCUAGUAUGAACUUCUCGGCGCUURCACAACUGCCGCAAAAUCCUCUUCAAAUCCCCAAACCUCCGCAGACAGUUAAUCUACAAAACACAACAGCAAAUAUGCCCGUUCUACCUCACGUUUACCCAGACCCUCGAUUCCAAAACAUGACACAGUUUCAGUUUCGAUCAACGGCRAACCAAACAACAUCGACAACAAGCCAAAUAACGACAACAAGCUCMGGAAUAAACACAUUUAAUCAAAUGAGUCCCAUGUGCCCGCCCAGUCAAAUGGAGCCGAGCCAUGGAAUGUUACCGGGAACAUGCGGACAACUAAACGCACCGACYAUGAAUGGUCUAGUAAACGGACAGUUUAUGAGUACAAUCAAUUCAUCUGUKAAUAAUGGCGUCGUUAAUAAUGGUUUGGCGUACAGACCACAGUCAUAUCUCCCUCAACCACCCAUGACUACACAGAAAUCAAACAUGCAGCUAUCACAGCCAACAUAUUCAUCUGGACCAGAAGGACCUCCCAAUGGGAUGACAUUUCCUAUGGGAAGAGCGGGGAUGAUUCCUAUGAUGAGUCAGAGUAUGGGUGUGUCUACAAUGGCUCAAGGUUUGAACACGUUUUCGGGGUUCCCGACACCCCCUCGGUCGGAGGACCAGGGACUGGGACUAAAACAAGAGCCAGUUGAUGGCGUUACAGAUCUUUCGAAUCACGUGAUGACUCAAGGGAUUGCUGAUCAYGUAAAUAACAACACUGAAGGAGUACUAACAGAACGAAAUGGUCGAUCUGCGUCGCCCAAAGUAUGGCGGCCGUACUAGUCACGUAUAAUUUAUUAAUCAAUAGCGUACUAAGGCUUGAAAAGCCCAGGAACUACACUGAAACCUCCGUAUUACGAACACCCACAAUGUAGAUAUGUCCGUAAUAAAGAGGUUUUCGUGAGAGGUUUCUGUGCAUUACGUUACCGUUACUGAAAGGAAUCGAAACAUUUUGAAUGAAUCGAGAGUGUUUGAAAAGCGCUCGACUUUUUGUCUUCAAGUAAUAUACGACAAGAUUCUUUCAAUAUAGAUCUGACACAGUAAAUUCAACAUUGUUUCUGUUAAGUACGACGCUCUUGAUCUGGUUAAAGCACUAAAGUUCGUUUUAUUGGACAAGGAGGAUCAUUCGCGUUAACUUGAGAACCAGCAAYUUAGCGCCAUUAGCGUGGCCUUGUUCGGACGCCAAACCUUUUYCGUGUCGAUUAGAUUUUAAACAAUAGUUUAUCAGGCGGACUUCCUUUGGGUAUUAAGAAUCGACCUGGGAAAUGUUCGAUGUCUGAACAAGACCUCAGAUAUCUUUACAAAGAAAUUAGUAAAAACUGUAAAAAGUGAAGAUUAUUUAUUUCCCAAGAUGCAACUUGGGCUCAGAGGCAAUAAUAUAAAGAAGGCAUAAGAAAUUUUAGCGAUGUAAGCCUCCGUCCACCACUGGUCGAGUCCAUCGAUUAUUAUUACAAAAUGUCAAUUAGAUAUCAAUGCAUUUUGAUAUCUUUACAUGRCAUAUAACAAGUUAUUUAUGAAGCUUCAAAAGUUAUUUGAAAGGUUAUUUUAUUUGAUGUAAAUUGUUAUACUUUUGAGUAAAUGUUGAAUAAGCAUGCGCGAAAUUAAAAUUCAACAUCCAGUGGUUGCUUUGCGUUUUCAGUAUCCUGGCACCUUUGUACUGUCAUGGCACCUUUGCACCUCAAUGAAAAAAAUARCAAUACAAUAUCUCAAAAUGAAAGUAAACACAAUUCUUACUGAUUUUAUAAAAUUCUUCCUAAUAAACUUAGGUUAUAGUAUAUCUAAACUAAUAGCGUAAAAAGAGCAGCGUUGCAUGGUGCCGAUUGGAUUUCAAAAGUGGUUGCUUUGYACUCGAGACUGGCACGUUUGCGCUAUCUUCAAUGAAAACGCUAUAAAAGACAUUUAAACUUCUGGACGAUAAUUUAGUACCUUUGGACUUCUAUUAAUUGCAAGUUUCAUACUAUAGAUGUAAAGCAUAUAUAUUGUUCCUAAAUAACCAAUACUUAUACCAACCAUAUGUAACCAUAUAGUAUAGCAUAUUUUCUCUUUAAAUAACCGAUAAAAUACAGCGAUUUAGCUGUAAAAACAUAGUAUAUAUAUAUAAAUAUCAAUUAUUAGAACAGCUUUGUGCACCAUAUACAUUCUUAAACUGUUAAUGCAUUGCAUAACGACACUAUAAACUGUAUAAUCAAAUAUAACUAUAAUAUGUAUUGAUUUUGGGUUUAAAAAUGGGACKUAAUCGUUGGUUUUGACAACGUUUCUCAUUUAACCAUAGUAAUUAUUAAAAUGGCUGCAGGCCAGUUGAAAUCUUAAAGUUAUUCACAAUAAACAAGAAAA